UAUAGACCAGAAGCUGCACAUGUUCCUUGUGUACUUCGAAUGGGGGUAUAUCGGAAGAGUGAUGUUCUGUUUUCGCUCUUAGAAAGGCGAGAUAAAAGCUGUGGCAUUGAAUUAGAAGCAUCUUGAGUUACCAAACACGUUCUGGAUUGGAGGAACGGAUGGCACCAGGCCUUCCUGAUUUGAAGAAGCCAGCAGAGUUUGCACUCGGGAAGGAUGAUUCCCACCCCCGAGUACUCGCACGUGGGGCGUGGCCCUUUUUCCGACGUUUAUGAGCCUGCUGAGGACUCCUUUCUCUUGAUGGAUGCUCUGGAGAGGGAUGCAGAUAGGAUUCGGAGGGUCAGGCCGGCCCUGUGUCUGGAGGUGGGCAGCGGUUCUGGGGUGGUCUCCGCCUUCCUAGCUGCUGUGACGGGGCCUGAUGCUGCCUAUCUCUGUACAGACGUGAACCCGGCUGCAGCUCAGUGCACCAUGGAGACGUCGCGCUGUAAUGGCUGCCACCUUCAGCCCAUUGUCACUGACCUGGUGGACACCCUCCUGCCGAGGCUCUGUGGGAAGGUGGACAUCCUGCUCUUCAAUCCGCCGUAUGUCGUCACCCCUCCAGAGGAGGUUGGCGGCCGCGGCAUUGAGGCUGCCUGGGCCGGCGGGAUGCGGGGUCGAGAGGUCAUGGACAGGUUUUUCCCCCUGGUUCCACAGCUGCUGUCUAGUCUGGGGCUGUUCUACCUGGUGACUGUGGCAGAGAACAAGCCAGCGGAGAUCGUGAGGCUGCUGGGAGAGAUGGAGCUGCAGGGGGAGGUGUGCCUGUCCCGCCAGGCUGGACAGGAGAGCCUCUCCAUACUGCGCUUCUGCAAACGGUGACCAGCGGCACAGACACGGCCAGAGGCUUCAGCCACCUCCCUUCCAGACUCCGACCGGACCUCGUAACGUCCUGUGGCUGUGCCAAGCUGAUUGCAGGUUCAGAGCCGGUUCUGGAGACUCUGAUGGUGGGCUGACCAGCUGGACAGAACCAACACUUUGGCCACAGUGAAGAAUGGGUCAGGUGUGGCGUGCAAGAUCACCCUAACCGUGGUACUGAUGCCAUCUUCUAGUGACCAAUGAAAACGAAUGUCUGCUGUUACAGCAGUGUACAUUACUGUACCUUCCAGUGAAGAGUUUUUGUAAAAUAUGAACGUGAGAAUAAAUGACUGAGGACAAACUGCAUGCAUUGCAAAAGGAGCAUGAACAGCUUCUGCAUGAAUCCAUUUAUUAGAGAAAUUGUACUUUUGCGUAUUUAAGAUGCUCAUGGUGUUCUAUGUACUGGAAUGUAAGAGAAUCUGGAAUCAAGCAGGUCUGCACACAUCCUGAGAGAUACAGGAGUCAGUAAACAUAUGGGACAUUAAGCAAUGGCAGUUACCAUGGUAACACCUGAUGUCCCAUUACUGAAAUAUGUCAGUUCUAGGAAGGAACCAUGGAA